AUGGCUUCUCUGCAUCGCAGCCCAUCCGUCCAUUCGAUUCCCCUCGAGGAUGAGAAAAAUGGGAAUGGCAGAGCAGAGAUGGUUGAGACAAUCUCUCAAACGCACGAAAGGGUGGAAGAGGAAGGUGCUUGGGCUUCAGCAAAGAAGAACCCCAAAGUCAUUUUCUACAGCAUGGCUGCUUGCAUAAGCUCGAUGCUAUGGGGCUUUGAUAUCGGCGUCAACUCUAUAAGUGUGGCAUUGCCGGCAUUCAAAAUGGUAUUUGGGUACGAAUAUGAGGGCGAACUCUUGAUCUCAGCCACAUGGAAUGCGUUGUGGACUGCGAUGACUUCGCUUGGAAUGUUGAUUGGCAGUAUCAUCUGUGGCUGGGUGUCAGAUCGACACGGGCGACGACUAGGAUUCGGAAUAGGCUCGGCCAUUUCUUUGCUUGGUGUCGGCCUUGAGUAUGCUGCCAAAGAGCCCGGUAUGCUUCUUGCUGGCAAGAUCAUCAACGGUCUUUCGCUAGGUUUUUUUCUGACCCUAGGUUCCACAUAUGCCUCCGAGAUCGCACCAACUGCCCUGCGUCCUUCUUUAACCGCUGCUGUCAACCUCUUUAUCAAUACCGGUCAGCUCAUGGCUAUCGGUAUUGGCAACACUCGAUUUGCUAUAAUGCUACCUUCAUCUUAUAAGGUGAUAUUUGCCGCACAAUGGGCGUUUCCUUGUUUUAUUGGAGUGCUGGCAAUGUUCAUGCCCGAAAGCCCUUGGUAUCUCCUCCGCAAAGGUCAGACUGAGCAGGCAAAGAAGAGUCUGCAGAGACUGCAUCUGAAGACAGCUGACACAACCUCAAUUCUGGAGGAAAUCCAAGCUUCCAUUGCUGCUGAAAAUGCGAUUGCAGAUAUUCAAAAGAAUACUUCGUACUGGGACUGCUUCCGGGGCACUAAUUGGCGUAGGACUCGCAUUUCUUGUGGAAUGUUUGCGGUCCAGCAGUUCACUGGUAUCGCUUUUUAUUCGCAGGCCUUGUACUUCCUGGGGAUUUCCGGUCUACCGACCGCUCUUACUUUCCAACUCGCGCUGGGAGGCUUCGGUGUGGCUAUGCUUGGAAACAUCGUCUCAUGGUUCAUCAUGAAUUAUAUAGGUCGUCGCCCGCUCCUUCUGACCGGAAUUUUACUCAAUGGUCUCUGUUUGAUGUCUGUUGGUGUUGCCGGAUGCUUCACUAGCAUGGCCGCACUUUAUUAUAUUGGUUAUGUGAUGAACUUUGCCCAAUUAUUUUAUGCUCCUACAGUUGGAGCUGUAAGCUGGACCAUUAGUGCAGAGGUGAGCUCGGUAAAUGUUCGAGCCAAAACGCAAAGUCUGGCAAUUGGAACCAAUGCGUUGGUCAGCUGGGCGAUGAACUUCGUUGCCCCUUACCUUAUUAACACUGAUCAGGCAAAUCUCGGAGGCAAGGCUGCAUUUGUAUGGAUGGCUUUGUCUUUUGUGAGUCUGGCUUGGGCUUGGUUUGAGGUUCCCGAGCUCAAGGACCGUACUUUUGCCGAACUGGAUGAGAUUUUCGCUAGAGUGACUUCAACAAGAAAGUUCAAGCAAGCGAUGGUUGCCUCUAGCUUGAGCUCUAACUUGAAAGAUGUUUCAUCUUAG